CAAAAACAAAAAACAUUCAAAUGAAGGAGAGUCAAGUGCAGUGACACUAUUUGACUAUGCAGUGGUCCGUCUCUGAGCGCGUCCGUGUGUGUUGGGAUGGAAAGCAUGUCCCUUCCGCGUGUAUCACUCGUCUAUUUAUAGUGAGAACAAAUCCCAGAUAUGAGAGGAAUCCUGCCACCACUUAAAGGCAGGAGGGAAGAGAGAGGAGGCGGGGAGAGAAAGAAGUGAGGAGAUGGGGAGUUGAGAGGAGCAGGGAACUAAUGCGAGGAGGCGUGUGUAAAGUCAGCCAUCCGUCAAUUGGAGUUUUGUAUCAUCACCAGCAGGUCAAGCUGCGAUUAUGUCCAAACCUUCGUCCAACGUCAAGGCCCUGCAGGCUAAUCUGAACAUCCCGAUGGGAGCUCUGCGUCCAGGGGCGGGACAUCCUGUGAGGAGAAGAGAGGAGACGGGAGACACACAUGAGGCUCACUCGCCGCCGGCUGAGCAGCCCGGGGAGUCGGCACACACGCCUGAGGACAAAAAGACGUUGCCGGGCGCCGUCAAGCUGCCGGGGCCGGCCGUCAACCUCUCGGAGCUGCAGAACGUCAAGAGCGAGCUACGAUGGGUCACCAAGGACUAACAUCUGGGCUGCCGUGCAAGGACCAGCGUCCAGGUGGCGAGCAAGACAAUAAAGACUCGCCUGCUGCUAUGGAGAUGCUACAAUGCGUUUGGCAACAUCAGCAGCUUUGUGUGACACGCUCGACAUCUACAAACUGUCAAACAUCUCUUGAAUAAAUGGAAUCAUUCGUACAAACGCAGCGAUCUGAUGUCUAUGAAGUCCACGACGAACAACGGCAAAGAGACUUUUUAGUAUCUAACAUUCUUUUACGACGAUUCAGCAAUGGCCGCAUUUCAGUUCAUGCGCUGUACUUUUUUUUUUGUCCUAUUGUUGUGUGGUUCCAAUGAAGCUGUCAUCUGC